ACCCUCCUGCCCACUCCUCCCUCACAACAGGUCAGUCAUCCCACGACUGCCUUCCGCUUGUAACGCUGCCGUGUUAUCUUUUCAAUACUUUUUGUAUUUGAUAUCGCGAUGAAAACACUGCGGGAAACACUCGCUUUCGUCGCUCAGCUGGCAGUGGGCCUCGCCCUAUACUGGCUGCUACGCGGCGCCGUGCCGGACACCAGGGAGGUGUCCAAGCUGCGGCGGGCCUGGGAGGCCUCCGGGCCCCAGACCACCGUUGUUGGGAAAGUGCGCGGCCGCCUGGCCGACUCCUGGUGGCUGGGGCCCCUGCGCCCGGCGCCCCUAAGGGACCCUUUUGCCGAGUGCGGCCUGUUGCCCCUCGGCAGUCCCGGUGCCGGCGGGCUGCUGGAGGGUCUGUCGCUGCAGAUCCAUUCACGGGCAAUUUUGGACUGCCUGCAGCGACAAAUGGAGGUGGCCCUCGGUGAACACGAGGCGUUCACCCUCUGGCUCCAGGUGGCCGCAGGCUGUGGUCUCCUCUUCGUCUUCCUGGUGGCGUGCAGCCUCCUCCUGGGGCGGAGCAGAUCGCGGCGCGGACUGCCCCAGGAGGAAGCACCCCAGGAAGAGGAGGAGGCUUCUCUCCCAGGCACUCCUGCCGAAGAUGUGCCUGUGGCCGUGCAGGAGGCCGCUCCUGCCGAGGCACGGCCAGCACAGGCAGAGGAAGAAGAAUCCCUCCCUGGCAAAGUGUCUGUGGCCCUUCAGGAGGCUGCCACUGUUGAGGCCCGGCAAGCACAGGUAGAGGAGGAGGAAUCCCUCCCUGGCGCGGUGUCUGUGGCCCUUCAGGAGUCUGCUCCUGUUGAGGCCCGGCAAGCCCAGGCAGAGGAGGAAGCGUCCCUCCCUGGCGCUGUUCCUGUGGCCCUUCAGGAGUCUGCUCCUGUUGAGGCCCGGCAAGCACAGGUAGAGGAGGAAGCGUCCCUCCCUGGCGCUGUUCCUGUGGCCCUUCAGGAGUCUGCUCCUGUUGAGGCCCGGCCAGCCCAGGCAGAGGAGGAUGAAUCCCUCCCUGGCGCUGUGUCUGUGGCCCUUCAGGAGUCUGCUCCUGUUGAGGCCCGGCCAGCCCAGGCAGAGGAGGAUGAAUCCCUCCCUGGCGCUGUGUCUGUGGCCCUUCAGGAGUCUGCUCCUGUUGAGGCCCGGCCAGCCCAGGCAGAGGAGGAGGAAUCCUUCCCUGGCGCUGUGUCUGUGGCCCUUCAGGAGUCUGCUCCUGUUGAGGCCCGGCUAGCCCAGGCAGAGGAGGAGGAAUCCUUCCCUGGCGCUGUGUCUGUGGCCCUUCAGGAGUCUGCUCCUGUUGAGGCCCGGCCAGCCCUGGCAGAGGAGGAUGCGUCCGUCCCUGGCGCUGUUCCUGUUGCCGUGCCGGAGAUUGUUACUGCCGAGCCUCGGCCAGCUCAGGCGGAGCAGCCGGGCGCGGAGGCUCGCCAGGCUCUCCGUCAGGAGUGGUGGUAUACCCAUCACCUGCCGCCACGUUACGCACGGCGCCUGCUGGACAUAAAGGUCAUCAGGAGUUUACGCUCCAAGAGCUGCGCACAGUUCAAUUACGACAAAACCACGAAGCAGCUCCUUGUCAGAGGCCCAAAGCACGAUGCCCUGGCAAUGCACAACGCCAUCAGGGACAUGCUGGCCACGUUUGAACGCCAGGACAAGAAGGCUGCCGCCGCCCGCCGCCGUCAGCAGUGGUGGCGCUACACGCUGUACAUGCCGCCCCGAUACGUGCGCGCCCUGCUGGGUCCCGAGAGCACCUACUUAAAUAAUCUGCUGGCGCGCUACAACGUGAAGGUGGAUCACGACCCGACGAGGAGGCUGGUCCACGUCCAGGGCCCCAGAAAUGACGCCCUGACAGUUUACCGGGCCAUCCAGGAGAUGUUGGCCACCUGGCGGUGGCAGGAAAAGCCUCAGUAUUAGCUUUCAUUGCUUCUCGUGGCAUCAUGUGCUGAGGCCAUCACGCACCGAGGAUUACUCUUUGGCGAUCUUCCACACACUCGGUAACAGGCCAUCACGGAUCAGGACGCUUGGCGGGUUAUGCAAUACUUGAGCUCCCGUCUGCCACUGGAGGCUGUCCUUACCCCCGCCCCAAGGCCUCACACUCGGAACAGUCAUCAAUGAUCAGGACGCUUGGCGGGUUAUGCAAUACUUGGACUCCCGUCUGCCACUGGAGGCUGUCCUUACCCCCGCCCCAAGGCCUCACACUCGGAACAGCCAUCAAGGAUCAGGACGCUUGGCGGGUUAUGCAAUACUUGGACUCCCGUCUGCCACUGGAGGCUGUCCUUACCCCCGCCCCAAGGCCUCACACUCGGAACAGUCAUCAAGGAUCAGGACGCUUGGGGGGCCAUGCAGUACUUGGACUCCCGUCUGCCAUCGAAAGGUGUCCCUAACGCCGCCCCAAGGCGUCUCAUGACUUAACUUUUCUUACUCUUGAUACAUUCAUAGAUCAAUGUUUCCUUUAAAA